GCGCCAGUUUGUUCCGAGGUAGCUAGUUUUACCGUCAGCAUGGAUUACAACGCGUCCAAAAGCCGCCUGACGGGCGUCAUCUCGGGGAAGCUGAGCACGGCCGCCUCGGAGAUCCUGGCGGACGUGGAGGUGACUUUUGUCCUGUACGAAGCGGAGGUUUCGGGCUUGAGGCAGGAGAUAGACCGCCUGAAGAGCCAACUGGAGCUGUUCCAGCCUCGGGUUAAAGAGGAGCCCACAGACGACCAGAUGCUGUUCUCUCUGUGCGGCGCUGGUGGAGGUGACGGAUGGCGGGACGACGCCGGACAGACGCGUGAAAUAAAGUCGGAGAAUCCUCAGACCCUGAAGAUCGUCUCCUACACCGGGGGCCUAACGGAGGACCAACACAUCGACAGGCCAGGUUCUGACGAAGCCUUGAGGUUGACUGAUGGGAUCAACAUGGCCGCCUCUCACAUCAGAAACCUGGAAAACUACAUGGAUCUUAAGAUCUGCAUCCUGACCGACUGGACCAUCCAGGAGGUCUCAGACCAAGUGGAUGAUCAGUACCCGGUUCACGAGCUGCAGUGUCGCUCAGGCCAGCAGGAAGCCGACUUCUUGAAGCUGCUGAGGUCCACCUUCCCUCUGCUGGCCCCCAGCACUCCCUUUGAGUCCUUCAUCACUGACCCGACCAACAGGCUGCAACCUCUGGAGGUGCAGGCCUUCACACCGGAGCAGAUCUGCAGAGCAGCGGGGAACUCUGCCCUCUACAUCCGCCUGAAGUGUCCAGUUGAGCAGGAAGCAGGAAGUGGUCAGCAGCCCAUGCAGACCAGUGAUGACGAUGAAGAAGCUCCGCCCAUGGAGCUUCAGAUUGCACCCGACGCCAACCGAAACGAGACUCUCCAGGAAAAUCCAGUUAAAAAUCAGAGUCAUCAUAAUGAAGACAUCGUUCUCAAAGUCCGCGUUAUAGAGGACUCCCGAAUUGAGGCUCUGUCAAAGACUAGUAAACAUUUACUGAUGCUGAAGAAGUACAAGUCCAAAAAGCUCCGGUGUCCCCGUGGGAUGCAGGAGGCAGAGUUCCUGAAACUGCUGAUGUCCAAGUUCCCCCAGCUGGCCGCUGGAACGCCGUUUGAGUAUUUAAUCACCAACAACACCAAGAAACUGCUGCCUCUGAAAGUGAAGUCCUUGACGCCAGAACAGAUCAGCAGCGCUGCUGGGAACUCUGCCCUCUACAUCCGACUGAAGUCUGUAGAGAGAAACAUCAACUCCAGCCUGAAAGAUCUACUGGCAGAGGCACCAAGAAAAAAAAAAAAGUCUGAAAACAAACGUAAGCUCAAAGAACCAGACACCCACAUCAGCCUCAGGAUCCACAUCCUGGACGACUCCAGCAUCAAACUCGUCACGUCAGAAGUGCGAAGGAAGUGUUGUCAGAAUAAACUGCAGUGUCCUCGUGGGAUGAAGGAAGCGGACUUCCUGAACCUGCUCAGGUCCACCUUCCCUCAGCUGACGCUGUUUGAGUCCUUUAAGUGCGACCGCAACAGGAAGCUGCUGCCUCUCCAGCUGCCGUCCUUCACACCUGAGCUGAUCCGCAAGGCAGCCGGGACGUCUGCCCUCUACCUGCGGCUCCAGCAUCCAGAGAAACCCGAUGAUAGAACAGAAGAGACUCGGCAGAAUAAUCAGGAUGGAGAACAUCCACCCCCCCCACAUCCAGCUACACCCAGUAACAGAAAUGAGAACCCCAACCCAGCAGAGUGUGAAGACACUCACAUCAACCUGAAAGUCUUCUACCUGGAGGAAUCCCAGAUGGAUUUGUUUUCUUCCUCUUUCAGCCCGCAGCUCCUUUUUCAGAAGUUUCCGGUCCAUGUGCUGACCUGUCCUCGAGGUCUUCCGCAGUCGGACUUGCUGGCCUUCCUCAGAUCCACGUUUUCUCAGCUGGCUUCAGAUCAGCCCUUCAGUGUUUUUGCUCUUCAAGGCCAGAAGAUGCUGCAGCUGAACCUGAGCAGCGUGAAUCCAGAGGAGAUCCGGGCGACCAUCGACUCUCUGGAGGCUUCGGUCAUCUGCGUCCAGCAGCUGAAGGAUCUUCCUCAGAAAGAAGCCGAUGAAUCUAAAGAUCCUCGUCCAAGAACUCCACAGGCCAGCAUUCAGGAACCCAGCAGGACGAACUCUGACCCAGACGACCUGGUGGAGCUGAAGAUCUGCAUCGUGGCCGACCCCAUGAUAGACGUUGCCUCUCCUCUAGUGUUGCAGAAAUACCCCGUCCUGGAGUUCCAGUGUCCCGGGACCCUUCAGGAGGCCCAGUUCCUCAGCCUGUUGCGGACGACCUUCCCUCAGCUGGCUGGAGAAGCGCUGGACUUCCUGACCGGUCACGGCGGCGACGUGAAGCCCAUCAACCUGCAGAAUCUGACGUCUGAUGACAUCAGCAGGACGCUGAGAUCAGCCGGCGGUUCUCUGCUCUACGUCCGCCUGAAGGAGCAACGUAACGUCCAGACCGGCAUGAAACGGAGUCGCUCUGACGUUUCUCCCACCAGCAAAAAUGGAAAAAAACUAAGGAAAAGAUUGAAGACUCAGUCCAGCACAGCAGCGUCAAGUGAGGAUGAUGAAACAGAAGACAGCGAAGACGACGGCGAUCAGAAUAAUGUCAAGGUCACCAAAGUCUUGGGUCUGGAGCCCAAACGCAGCGCAGACAGUAAUCCUGUGGAGGAGACGGACAAACAUCCCGACCCAACGCCAAACAGCCAGACAGACGACGAGCGGACGGACGACAGCGAGGAUGAAAACUACUACAAAAAUCCUCUGGUUUGCAAGCUCUCUCUCGCUCUUCUGCAGCCGGGGACGUCUGGGCAGAGUUCAGAGCAAGACACGAAGACUGAACCCGCGGAUCCAACGGAACAGAAAGAUUCAGGCGAGGCGGCGAACAGUCAGGUAGAUGAUGACGAAACGGAGGACAGCGAGGACUACGACGAGCGGGAAAGCAUAAAGUCUUCCCGCCUGUCGUCUUUUCACCCCGCGAGGCCAGAGAACGAAAUGAAGCAAAACACGAGCAAAAAAGAGGUAAAGACGAAGAAGAAGAAGAAGAAGAAAGACAAGAAGAAGAAGGAAAAGAAGCAAAAGGAGAAGGGGAAGAAGAAGGAAGCUGGAUCGACAAACUUCAGGACCGAAGAGGUGGAAAUAGUUGAUAGUGAGGAUGAAGAUGAUAAAAACACAGAGUCCACUACAGUCACGUCUCUGCAGCCUCGAACAUCUGGUAAAGAUUCAAAGAGACAAACAGGAGCUGGGACAACGGCAAAGAGGAAAAAAGCCAAGCAUCCACCAAACAAAGAGACGAACUGCAAGAAAGAGGAGAUGGAAAUCAUUAAUAUUGAGGAUGAUGAUGGAGACGAAGCAUCUUCACUGCCUCAGGUGUUCGGUCAAGAUGCAGAGCAGCAGAAGACCAGAACAGCAGACGGAAAUGAAGUGGAGCGUUCAGCAGUUAACAUGGAGCCGGUGGAGAUAGUUGAUAGUGACGAUGGAGACGGAGAUAAAGACUCAACGUCCUUAUGGACUUCUGAGGCGUUCAGGCUUUCAGCUGCAAACACAAACAGCAGUUUGCCUCCAUCCAAUCCCGUUCAUAAGACUCUGCAUCGGUGUGAAAUCUGUCAAACGGUCCACCAGUCGAAGAGAAUCCUGAUCAGACACGUGUGGACCCAUGUGAACAACCAGGACUUCCUCUGCGGAGUCUGCCGGCAGCGCUUCGACUGCACGGCGUCACUGAAGAUCCACCUCCAGACUCACGAGAAAACCUACACCUGCAAGGUCUGCGGGAAAUCUUUCCUCUCCAAAACCGGCCUCAAGGGACACAUGGUUCGACACAAAGGGGGCGCUCCUGAGCAGAAGUAACCUGAAGCCCAAGACCAGAACCUGGACGGCGUCUGCAGAAGAAACCUGCGUCCC